CAUUGAAAGAAAAUAUACACAUGUCAAAUCCAGCACCCACCAACAAUAAUACACGAAGCAAAUUUAAAAUUUGCACACCACAAAACGUAUUGUGCACUGCCAUUCGAUUAAACAUUCAAAGAAAAAAUGGUUUUCGCAAAAUCGUGGGAGGAUUUUGAGAUAGCCGCCGAAAACAUGUACAUAGGGAAUCCGUGCAACUGUCGGUUCACUAUGAAAUACACCCACAAUCGUAACACCGUCGUGCUGAAGUUGACCGACAACGCAAAGUGCGUGCAGUUCAAAACCGAGGUACUAUCGGAUCUGAAAAGAAUAGAAAAGUUCACCGGCAACCUGAUGUGGCUGAUGGCGUCCAAGGAGUGAGAGAGUUUCCCCGGAGCGGUUCUAGACGUAGACGCGGUACGAGUUUUGUGCGAAAAAAGUGUGCUUGCGUUGAGGGUGUGUUGAGCAAUAUGAGAGAGCAUAGAUGAUUGAAACGAAAUACGUUCAUAUGGAAGGAAACCGGAGAUUACCCUUUUGUCCACGAGAAAAUUGGCUCCUUACUUAUUCAAAGAAAAAUUAGCGAUCAAACUUCACGUUCAAAAAGUUAUAAUCAAAUUGAUUAUUGAAUUUCUUUCUUGAAAUCCAAAUGUUAAUAACUUUCGAUCGUGAAAGUGGUAGGUAUCUCCUAAUGCUUCUUAAACUUGUACAACCAUUCUUGAUUAUCUGUGAAUAGACGAUUGUAUUCUCUAUAAAAAGAAAUAGAUGCUGACCUAACAAGCCAGUCGUCGUAGGUUCGAGUCUCGGCUCGAGAGAGACUGUGUAAGGUCAGUAGGAUUGUAUCGCCUAGCCCCGCAAUUGUGUCCUGUAUCAUAAUAACAGUUGGCUGCGAAUCUGUAGGUAUAUAAUAAAAAGAAGGUCGAGCUCUCCGAUACGGAGGAAUGUAGCAGCACCACCAAGGGAAGGCUUUACUUUGAAAGAAUGUGAAAUGCAGUGAGCAGAUUAUCGGAAACCCUGCAUAGACUUAACAAUGUUCAUACACAUUUAGAAGUGAUAUUACUUUGCAACAAAAAUCAUUUAAUUUAGCUGUAAAGUUAAGUUUUUAGCUUUGCGUAUUCUUAUCACUUGACUUUAGAUUCAUAUAAAAGCACUCCAACGAUGCUUUCCAAUGUGAAUGAUACAAACACGGGCCAAGUUCUUUCGAAUUCUACCAAUAACUAAAAUUGCAGACUCACGUGUCGAUGAAUAGUGUAGUGUAGUUUGUAUGUGAACUAGUAAUAUCAAAUUGUAAUUUUUAUUUAAUAUUUAGAGUUGUGCGGAUCAAAGGAAGAAAAAAAGAUUUGUUUGCUUUGAAUUGAAAAUAUUAGUUUUUUUCUUUUUUGUAAGAGUGUAAUGACUAGGUGUUAUGUUUUAGUGAAAAAUAGUGGAUAUCGCAAUUGAAACCUCUGCUUGGAAAUCGAGAGUUACAUUAGUUUGGUUUUAUUUGCACGCCUUUGGUUUUCGUGGUGGUAUGUGUGAAACAAACACAAAGAUAUAUACGAUUCCUUAACUGGUGCCUAUGUGCUAUAGCCUAAUGACAUCCUAUCAUUUGACGGUGAAAUAGCUGAAUUGUUAAAUGUUAUUUGGGUCUGUUUGUGUUUUGUAUUUUUUUUUAAAUCCAUAAAUCGAGAAUUUUCGUACAAAAUAUAGUUACAAUCUUUCGUUUUACGUUUCGAUAAAUAUUGUAUUUAUUUUAAUUCUUUUUAUAUGAGUGCAUCUGAAUUUUUUUCAAAUUUUAAUCAGGUGUAAGAAUAUCAAUGCCGAAUCGAAUUGAAUUUAAUGUUUGCGCCGGAUUUGCUCUAAUGACUAUAGCGCGUCUAGAUUCGUUCGGUUGCUUUUAAGCAGUUUCUAGUACGAGAAUGAUCAUAAUAAUUCUAGGGUUGAAAAUAUCGGUUAAAUGCACUAGUAAGAUGAACUUUCGAGAAAAGUCGUCCUCAAUUAAAACUAUCUGCAAUCGCACAUUCAAUUACACUACUUUCCCAAAAAACCCAGUAGAACACCUUUUCCAAUAUAUCAUCUCUUAGUAUAAUAUAGACUAUUCUAAGGUGUGACAGAAAUCAUUCGUUAAAAGGUUAAGGUUGAACUUUUGGAUGGAGUUUACGAGUUCAAAAAUACGCUACCGAGAGUAUACACUUUCGAGCCUUGUACAUGAGUGGUUAUUAGUUCUUUCUCUAUUCAUACUUUCGAGGGUAGAGGUCCUUUUACGACAUUCCGGAGGGCAUAAAAAAUAUCAAGCCAGUGCCAAGAGUGGUGGUUGUUGUGCAAUAAUUUUGUUAACGAAGAGUAGCUUUUAUGGUCGCUUUU